CCUCAGAGUUCCCUGAUAUAAUGAUCGUAAAAUUGCUAAUAAAUAAACCGUAAAGUUCUGUCCUGUAUUUGCCGACGAAUAGGAUUAAGUUACCUUCAUUCGUAGCUUCGUACAAGACUAUAUUCCUCCAGAAACCUCUUAUAAAUAAUUACAAUUUGAUUGAAAUUUUACAAUUAUUGUUAAAUACAAAAAAUUCUUAAUAAAAUUUCGGAAUUGUUACAUCCAUUACUAUUUUCAUUUCUUUUUCCAAAAUGUUACGCCGUAAAAGGGGUACCAGAAGAGUAAUAAGAAAAAUGGCAAAAAAGACAACACCGACGGCACUUCAGAUUGAUGUUACUAAUGACGAUGAAUGGGCUAAAAUCUUAACUAAAAAAGGCUUGUUAGUAGUUGAUAUCUAUGCUGCAUGGAGCGGACCAUGUACAGGUAUGGUAAGCACUUUAAAAAAACUCAAAAUGGAGAUUGGUGGUGACGCUUUAAAUUAUGCUACGGCAAGGUGCGAUGACAUAACGGAUCUUCAGCGUUUUAAAGAAAAAAGCGAACCUAUUUGGAUGUUUAUUCGUGACGGUAUGAUGAUUAAUUUAAUGUUUGGCGCGCAUUGUCCACAACUGGUGAAACUAUUAACAACCGAAUUUCAACGAAUUCAAAAUAAAGAGGAAUCGGAAUUCUCUAUAUCUGUAAAGGAAUGUAGCCCAGAAGAAAAGACACGAAUGCAAAUCGCUGAGGAAGUCCGAAUAGCUAAAGAAACAGAGAAGAAAGUUCAAAAAGAAGCAGAAGCUAAAGAGAAAUACGAAGCAGAAAUGUAUCAUUUAACUAACUCGUUAAUCGAUGAAACAUGUCUCUUAUUGUAUCCAUGGAUAUUUAAAGACGAGGAAGGACAUAAAAGAGAUAAAAAAUGUAGUCCACCGUAUCUGGAAUUAGUUGAAGAAAUUUUACCAGGAAUUUAUACUAUAGAACAGGAGAUGCGAAGGCGAUUGAACGAAGAUAUCCUUGAUAAAAUGUUUCACGAGUCCGAUUACGUACUUACGGAUCACGCCAGACAAUUAAUUUUAGACGGUAAAUGUAUGCUUAUGCGUUUAAGAAGAAAUGAACCCAUGAAUGAAAUGGACGUUCAUCAGCAUUUACUUACUUUACUCUUUGGAGAACCAGUAUUACUUCCGGCGGAUCGGUGCUUCACGGAUGAGAUCUAUUGUGGACGACACCGACCAGCGCUAAUAUCAGACGAAAUUGAAAAUGAACCAUUUCCCUUUGUAUGGACUCCACCGAAUGCUAGAAACAAGGCAACCGUAUUUCGUUUAAUUUUUAGUAAAUAUACAAAUACUACAUAUCCAUACGAGGAUAAGAUAACAAAAGAACCAAUAAUUAUUUUCAAAUACGACAGUACGAGAAAAAAUGAAUUGACAAUGGUUUUGGAAAUGUAUAAAGACGAAGUCGUAGAUUUUGGAGUUUUUGAAUGUGAUAAACUUCCAAAUAUAAAGUUAAUAGCUAAAUCAAUCAAGGAAUUUGAAUUUAGUACUGUAGAAAAAACUGGUUAUGAAGUAUUUAUAUGUACUAUAAGGAAAAUAGGCCGUGAAGCAUUCUUGGCAUUUGCUGGCAUUGGUCCUUUUUAUGUUAGCGACAAUCAUGACAGUGCAAUCGAAGAAUCAAAAUUAUAUUUUCCAACUAAUAGUGUGUUAGAAGAAAUACAGUCUGAUGAUGAAGAUAAAACAGAAGAUGCAAUAGAUAAUGUAGCUAUAGUAGAAAGAACUGAUGUACAUAUUACUGUGAAAAAAGAAUGAACU